AUGACGUCUCCACUAGAAAUCGCAAUUCCUUCCACGACGCUUUCGCAGGAAUUGUCUACCAAGCCAUUCACCCUUUAUAACAUCAGCUUACGACUCCCUCUACGUACUUUUGUUAUUCAGAGACGUUAUUCUGAAUUUGUUGCUUUACACAAGGCGCUAACAGUAGCAGUCUCAUCUGCGCCUCCAGCCCGUCUGCCAGUAAAAUCAUGGUUUAACUCUACCGUUUCUUCCCCUGCGCUCACUGAAGCACGACGACAUGAACUAGAGAAUUAUUUACGCGUUAUAGCUGGAGGUUCAGACAAUCGAUGGCGUGAUACAAGCGUUUGGAGAAAAUUCCUCAAUCUUCCGAGCCAAUUCAGUGGCAGUGGUGUACAGGGAGAACUUAUCGCUGCAAGUCAGCGCAAUUCACAAGCAGGUCAACUUAUGGCUGAUCCCACCGUAUGGCUUGAUGUGCAUCGUGAGAUGAAAGGCCAGCUACAUGAUGCGAGAUUGUUCCUUGGUCAGAGGGACGGGGCAACUACUCCACGAGCCCAGUAUGAGGCAGGGACCAGUGCCAAAAAGUGCUUAGUAAAGGUUAAUGGUCUAAUUGCAAACCUUGAAGAAGGAUUGGCUACCAUGGUUGAAGCAGAGGACCGAAAUACCGAGACUCAAAUUGGCGCAGGAGAGCUGAGAAGAAGAAAGGAUCUAUUGGGUAGUGCAAAAGUAGAGCGUGAAGGUCUUGAAAAAUUAGCAGUCAGUCUGGCAGUAAAGUCACAAUUAGUAGGCGAGCAAGGCGAUCCUGGAACGAAUGCGACGAGAGACAAGAAUAUCCUAUUUGGAGCCAGCACAUCGAAGACAAGUGGACGCAUUUUGGGGAUUCCAUCCUCUGAAACAGAAAUUACAAAAGAACUAGACAAUGAAGGUGUUCUUAUGCUACAAAAGCGAAUCAUGCAAGAGCAGGAUCAUGGCGUGGAGCAGCUAGCAAAAAUUAUUCGUCGACAAAAGGAAAUGGGUCUGGCUAUGCAUAAUGAGCUUGAGGCACAAAAUGAAAUGCUUAAGAGAGUCGAUGGCGACAUUGAUCGAGUGGAAAAAAAGAUUGGUGUUGCAAAGAAGUGGGCCGGUAAAAUUCGAUAA